CGACGGCUGCCGUUUAUGGACGGCACGUUGGACAUGGUGCACUGUGUGAACAGCAUUAAGUACCUGCCCAUCCAGGAGUUUGAGGAGCUGCUCUACGAUUGGGACCGCGUGCUCCGAGUCGGGGUGCUGUGGUUUGAGAUGUUCUACGCGCCGAUGGACGAGAUGCCCGUGUACGCAGCGCUGAUCAGGGCGCUGGGGUACAAGCGCCUGUACUACCACGUGCAGCCCAAGCCCGACCUGGGGGAGCGCGUCGGCGCUCACAUGUACCUCAACUACCUGCUCCAGAAGCCCCUGCACCCCGACCCUCCCACCAGGACGGGCUGGUUGUUCUAG